GGUAUACAGCUAACCUUCAGAGUUUGACUCUUGUUCCAGUGACUGAUCAGUGGACACCAAAAUGAUGUUUGCAAAGUAUUCGAACAGGGUACUUUAGCUAGCUGAUAAUUACGACAACCUACUGACUGUCGCAAUCGGAAUGAUGUUGUUAGACAGUUGUCAGUCAGAUACUAGCUAGCGAAUCAACAAGGUUAGCUAGCUACAGUAGCUAGUUAAAUGCUACGGAAAUCAGGUGAAUCGAUCACUGAAAAUACAAGCAAACAGAAGCUGCAAGAGUCUCAUUCUGCCCGGAAAUCCAAUUUUGGAGAAGUGGGAGAAACAACAAAGAUGGCGGACAGGCUAACGCAACUUCAAGAUGCAGUCAAUUCGCUUGCUGAUCAGUUUUGCAAUGCAAUCGGGGUGCUGCAGCAGUGUGCGCCGCCAGCUUCGUUCAGCAACAUACAGACAGCAAUCAACAAGGACCAGCCAUCGAACCCCACUGAGGAGUAUGCCCAACUAUUUGCUGCACUCAUUGCCCGGACAGCUAAGGAUGUGGACGUGCUGAUUGACUCACUGCCUAGUGAGGAGUCCACGGCAGCUCUACAGGCGGCCAGUCUGCGGCAGUUGGAGGAGGAGAAUCAUGAUGCAGCGGCACGUCUCGAAGAGGUGGUAUACCGAGGGGACUUGCUACUGGAAAAGAUCCAAAGCGCCCUGGCUGAUAUUGCUCAGUCACAACUUCGUACUCGCAGUGGAGGGCCCAGCCAGACCACACCGCCUGAAUCAUGACUCCCACACAUGGGGCAAAGACAUUCUCACAUCACUUUCUCACAUAAAUACACCAUAGGGCGCAAAUGUGUACAGAAAAUCAAAUAAAGAACCCACUGGGUGGACCUGAACAGCUGACCUCUCAAGGAUGUGAAUCUAUGGAAAAUACUUCUUGCAAUAUGUGAGUGGGACAUUGGGAAGUUGGUGCUUGGGGAAUUCAGUGAGGCAAGCCAUGAACCCACAUGUUUCUUUACACAAGGACCUUGAGUUCUGCCAGCAAGGAACUGUUUACUCUGUCCUUUUCUUAGCACACUAUUUUGGAUUAAAAAGCACUGCUCCGUU